CAUGCCAUUAUUUCCAUGCAUUCUCUGUCCUUUCACAGGCCUCAUGUGUGUUUUUUUCCCCACUCUGUUUCAGGGCUCAUCGUCGGGGUGAUCCUGAGGUACGGCACCCCUGCCACCAGUGGCCAUGACAAGUCCCUCAGCUGCACUCAGGAAGACAGGGCCUUCAGCACAUUAUUAGUCAAUGUCAGUGGGAAGUUCUUUGAAUACACCCUGAAAGGAGAAAUCAGCCCCGGCAAGCUCAACAGCGUAGAGCAGAAUGACAUGCUGAGGAAGGUAACGUUUGACCCAGAGGUCUUUUUCAACAUUCUGCUGCCUCCAAUUAUUUUCCAUGCUGGAUACAGUUUGAAGAAGAGACACUUUUUCAGAAAUCUUGGGUCUAUUCUGGCCUAUGCCUUUUUGGGGACUGCUGUUUCCUGCUUCAUUAUCGGAAAUCUCAUGUAUGGUGUAGUGAAGCUCAUGAAGAUGGUGGGACAGCUUUCGGAUAAAUUUUACUACACAGAUUGUCUCUUUUUUGGAGCAAUUAUCUCUGCCACUGACCCAGUCACUGUACUGGCGAUAUUUAAUGAGUUACAUGCAGACGUGGACCUCUAUGCACUUCUGUUUGGAGAAAGCGUCCUAAAUGAUGCUGUUGCCAUUGUGCUGUCCUCGUCUAUUGUUGCCUACCAGCCAGCAGGGCUGAAUACUCACGCCUUUGAUGCUGCUGCCUUUUUUAAGUCAGUUGGCAUUUUUCUAGGUAUAUUUAGUGGCUCUUUUACCAUGGGAGCUGUGACUGGUGUUGUGACCGCUCUAGUGACCAAGUUUACCAAGCUGCACUGCUUCCCCCUGCUGGAGACCGCGCUGUUCUUCCUCAUGUCCUGGAGCACCUUCCUCCUGGCAGAAGCCUGCGGGUUUACAGGUGUGGUAGCUGUCCUUUUCUGUGGAAUCACACAAGCCCACUACACCUACAACAACCUGUCGGUGGAAUCAAGAAGUCGAACGAAGCAGCUCUUUGAGGUGUUACACUUCUUGGCAGAGAAUUUCAUCUUCUCCUACAUGGGCCUGGCGCUGUUUACCUUCCAGAAGCACGUCUUCAGCCCCAUUUUCAUCAUUGGAGCUUUCGUUGCCAUCUUUCUGGGCAGAGCUGCACAUAUCUACCCACUCUCCUUCUUUCUCAACUUGGGCAGAAGACAUAAGAUUGGCUGGAAUUUUCAACACAUGAUGAUGUUUUCAGGCCUCAGGGGAGCAAUGGCAUUUGCACUGGCCAUCCGAGACACAGCAUCCUAUGCUCGCCAGAUGAUGUUCACGACCACCCUCCUCAUUGUCUUCUUCACCGUCUGGAUCGUUGGCGGAGGCACAACACCCAUGUUGUCAUGGCUUAAUAUAAGAGUUGGCGUCGAGGAGCCCUUUGAAGAGGACCAGAAUGAACUCAAGUGGCACUACUUCAGAGUUGGUGUUGACCCGGAUCAAGACCCACCACCCAACAAUGACAGCUUUCAAGUCUUACAAGGGGAUGGUCCAGAUUCUGCUGGAGGAAACCGGACAAAGCAGGAGAGUGCAUGGCUGUUCAGGCUGUGGUACAGCUUUGACCACAAUUACUUGAAGCCAAUCCUCACACACAGUGGCCCCCCAUUAACCACCACGCUCCCAGCCUGGUGUGGCUUGCUCGCUCGAUGUCUGACCAGUCCCCAGGUGUAUGACAACCAAGAGCCACUGAGAGAGGAAGACUCUGAUUUCAUCCUGACUGAGGGUGACCUCACCUUGACCUACGGGGACAGCACAGUGACUGCCAAUGGCUCCUCAGGCUCCCACACGGCCUCCAUGAGCCUGGAGGGCAGUCGGAAAACAAAGAGCGGUUCUGAGGAGGUGCUGGAACGAGACCUGGGAAUGGGAGACCAGAAGGUUUCAAGCCGGGGCACCCGCCUAGUGUUCCCCCUGGAGGAUAAUGCAUGACUUUCCCCCCAAACCCUGAAGCGAUGGGGUAGACCCACCGGUGGUGUGGGGCUGGCUGCAUGCUCCAGUGUUGAUUGAGGUGGGACAGUGACUGAAUGGAACUAACGCUUCUAUUGUAUUGAGGUCUGAAGAUAUCUUAACAUUUAAAACUUAACCCAAGAUACAGAUGGUGGGGCUCAAGACAAAUGCAGAUCUAUUCCCACUUUUUCACUUAGUAGUGCACUGUUCAGAGUUAAACAAAAACAAUCGCAUGCUUUACUGGUCUCUAAUUCAUUCACCUGUGGUACCUGAACAAGGUGUGGUGGGUGCCGGGGACCCCUCCCAGGAGAGGCUUCGUAUCCAUACACAGCAGUGCGAGUCUAGCUGGAUGUAGGAAUAUCAAGUGAAGGGAGAACAGGCUAGAAGAAAGAUGGCGAAGGAAGGCCAGUGAGAUUGGACCUCCAAGGAUGAGGGGAAGCUGGUGUUAAAUGGGACAGAAAGCAUGAAAAAGCAAUUUGAGUGGAGGCUCCAGCAACAAGAGAUGAUGACAGCAGCCUCAUCUCUGGAUUCCUGACUUCUUUUGCUGCCUGUAUUUUCUCUAGACUGAAGAUUGGAAAAUAUAUCCAUCAACAUUUCAACAUGGGGGAAAGAAUUGUAAUUCCUUCUCUGGAAAUCUCCACAAAGAAGAAGUUACUGGAAUGUUUCAAACCAAAGGCAAAAUAGUGUUAAAGUGCUGUAUUUUUUUGUUUUGUUUUUGGUUUUUUUCAUUAAUGUGAAGGCAGGAGAAACUGUUUAGAAACUGAUGAUUACAUCACCGUAAACAUCAGUCAAUUCUUGAUGGCUGCCAUAUGAGCUGACUGCCUGGAAAAUGGUUAACAGGACUGACAUAUCUACUGUGGGUUUAGAAAGAACACCAAAAUUUGUGGAGUGCUUUGAUCUGGUGAUGAGAAGGCAGUAACAACCCUCAGAGGCAAUACACUAGUAUUCAGAGGGAAGAAAUCUCACUGUGAAAAAAAAAUCACUGCAAAGAAAACACAAGAUUGUAUUCUAAAGACUUAGUAGAAUUCCAAACUUUGAGCUAAGAAAUGAAUGAGAUUUCAGUGGUCACCUGAAGAAACAGAGGCGAGGCAGUGGAAUGUUAAGCUUUAUUUAUACAGUGGAAGGUUCCUGUCCACUCUCAGAUUAAGAAUCGAGGUGUCUUGUAGAGAAAGGUCAUUUUCGUGGUGUCUGGGGAGGUCUGCACCAGCUUCAUGUGUGAGUGUGGUCUGAGAUUUAGAUUUCUACUUUGGGUUCUUUUGUGGGUGAGCUGUUCUACCUGCCCACACCUGCAGUAAGAGAACUCUUGGAAGCCAAGUUUGAGAUUCUCCCUGUGCUCUAUGCUUCAGUGCUAUUAUUUUCAAAAACCCAAUUUCUAAAAAAUGCUUUCAUUUAAUGUGGCCAUUUCCCUUAUAAGGUAGUGGCUCAAUCUAGUGCACCCAUCAUGAAAUCAGCCAUUUAACCUUCUUAACUCGCAUUUUUAAUGGUUAAUUUUUAAGUAAGACAUUGUUUCGCCCUCUUUUUCAGUUGAUAAUUUGUGCAAACCAAGAAAAAUUUAUUAGUUUGAGCCAUAUGAAAUUGCUGGUAUUCAACCAUUUUUUUAAAGACACAAAAAUGACAAUUUCAUAUGGUUCAGUAUAAGAGAAUUGGGUGAUUUUUAUUCCCCUUUCCCUUCUAUCUACACUAAAGGACAUUUUGAUUUGAUGGUCAUCCAUGGGCUUUGUAAGUUUGGGGAAAAAGCUAAACAUACUUACCUCAUGCUUCCACUAUGCUGAAAAGUAAAAAGUAGGGUGCGGAGAAACUAACCCAAGGCUAACUAUUUGCUGCCAGUCUGGCAUAAACCAGGUAGAAACUGCUGAGUAAUGGUGCAUCCAAGUAAGCAAAAUUCUUCUGAGAGGAUAAUCCCAAGUCAUUUUAUAAGCAUAUUUGUUCUGGGUAGGGUGCGGGGGGUUACAGUUCAGCAAAGUCGGAUGUUCUAGGGCAGAGGUUCUCCACCCUGGCUGCACAUUAGGAUGAUCUGGCCCAUUUAUUGAGAACAUCAACAUAAAGGCCCACCCUCAGAGAUCCAGACUCAGUAGGUUUAGAGUGCGGCCAGGCUUCUGUGCUAUGUUUGGAUCCUCAGGGAUUCUAAUCUGCAGCUCGGGUGGAGAGCCUUUAGUCUAGAACUUGCAGUGGGCCCAACUUGAAACUGAGUGAAUUUCGUGCUAAUAAUGUUUCUAGAAGUCAAACACAUACUCCAUAAAUACAACUAAAACCAAAAAAAAGGUCACAUUAGAAAACCUUAGAGCAUGAAAGGGGGAGAAGGAUGACUUGAAUGUAUAUAUUGGAGGGAUUAAAACCUGUCAUUUUUGCUCCGAUUUGUGGGGAAAAGGGGGUUUUGUCUUAACUGAGCUGCUGACUAAUCAAAUGUGAAGGUUUCUAACAAGCUGUCUUUUCCAUUUAACCUGGGAUUAAAUUAAGAGUCCCCUUUGCAGUCAAGUGAACUUUUUUUCUCUUCACACUUCACUCGUCUCCAUGCCUGAAUCUACACUGGACUCCUUAAAAUAAGGGGGAGGGCUGUCCAUUGCCAGAGCACAGGCCCCUUAUUAAGUGGAAGGUUGUGAUCACUUCACUGUCAUGUGGUGGUGGUGUUGGGAGCUGGUAGUUAAGGAGAUGCAAACUUUUGUGGAUAGCACUGGCAGAGGGAAGAUAUAAACUCCUGACAUUCCUUUUAAUAUUCUUUUCCUAGAGAGGAAAUUUAGGAUAUAAAUAAGUCUGCAUUUCUUCCUAGGAAGCAAGUAUAGGAAAGGCAUAUGUAAUUAAAUGGACACUGACCAUCAAUGAUACUUAUUGGGCUGACCAGACAAAUAAGCAUUGAUGCCUUGCAGCCAAAAACCACACUGCGACAUCAAAUGUUUCAUCAACCAAACAGCAAGAGCUCUUUAGGCUGUGAUCCCUAGACCUGAAAACGCCCUCUGUGGUUUGGUUGAAAAAACAAAUUUUAGAAAACACCAAAAAUGUUAUCUUCACUAUCCAUGAACAUUUCAGACUAGAGCAAAGAAGUGACCGUCCCUUCCAAAAUAGAGGUCUGUUGCACGUCCUUCCUUCACCCCUCAUCAUAUCCCUCCCUUUUUCUGUCCAUAGUAGAAGUUAAUGUAAUCAUGUUGGAUAUUUGAUGUGAACAGUGACUCUUAAAUGUAGAAACACCACUGAUGUCCUUAGAGAUUGGUGCCAGGGCAAUGGAGCCAUUCAUCAGAGGGGAAUCAUCUGCUUGGAAACCUACCUUGGUACCCAUUGUGACUUCUAAGGGGUGUAUCAGAAAACUAAUUUUACCAUCUCUUGUCAAAUGUAUUCUGGAAUGAGGGUUGCUGUUUCAAUGAAUGACUUCAGGAAUAGGGAACUUGACAAGUUUCAUGCCUGCCUUUGAUGUUGAUUCUGCAGAUGAGUUAGUACUGUAGGAGCUAAUCUGUCAGAAACUUUAGACUGGUGUCAUUGAGUUCUGAUCUCUUCUGUCGUUUUCUAAGUGGGGAUCUGGCUGGCCAGUGUCAUUUGCUAUGUCCUCACACAGCAAGUUGAAGAAUCCAGUGGGCAAGAGUUAGAAUGUAGAAACAACCCAUCUGAAUGCUGCUUUCGCCACUUUGAUACCUGAAAAGACCUUCCCCCUUUCUAAAACCUAAUAAGAACAAUAUACAGACAAAUACCAUAGAAACCAAUGUGAGGAUCUGACUAGGAAAAGCAAGUAGGAUUUUUGACAGUCCUUUCAAAACAAGAUUUAGAAGUAAACCAUAUUUUCCAGUUUCAAUUUUCAUAAGUAGAGUUUUUUAAAAAAUUAACAAACACAUCUUGUCUUGUCACCCAGUGCUAGGAGAAAUUGUAAAGAGCAAAGCCAAAGUUUUUGAUGUAAAUUUUAUUUUUGUAAGCAGGGUAUACGAUAACCAUGGUCCACAUGGAACACAUAGGCACCGGUUUUCUGCUACUUGAGCCUUGGAGAAGAUGAGAAGGAAGGUCUUCCUGUUCUACUGCCUUUUGAAAAGGUCUGAAAUAGACAUGAGAGCACUUGGGAGAGGCCAUCCUUUUCUUCUGAUGGCCACCUUUUAAAAAGGGUUAACGGGAUGUCAUCAUCACCUCAAUUCUUGGCCAAUGGAGAAUGAUUUGGGCCUGUGUGUGCUGGAGGAGCUCAGAAGAAAAAGGACAUGGAAAUAGCUUGAAUAACUCUACAUCUCUGUCAAAAGCACUUAAAAACAGUUAAGAUCCAGUGUUACUGGGUGACCAUCCAACUGCAUGGACAUUUGGGGGUUGACUUUUGUUGUGAUUAUUCCAGCUGUGGGCUUUGGAGAAGCAGAAGAAUGAUUUUCGGUUGUGUGGGUAUUACGUCACUCUAUGGAUUUGGAAUGUAUCACUGCACUCACUCAUUCAAAGUAUGAUUUCAUAGUAGUGUCACCUACUCCUAGGUUUUCUUUUUUACAUAAAAUACAUCUGGUCUUCUUACUUAGAAGUUUUUGUUCAUUAAAUUUAUUCAAUGCGAAGGCCACCAAUAUUCAUUUAAUAGCUACAAAGCAAUUUUUUAAAUAGAAUAGGAUACAUUUAACAUGGACGAUGUGACCUUCUGGAGAACUUUUUAUAGAAAGCUUAAAUACUGUAGUUGGGGAGAAUUUUGUCUUCUAUUUCCAUUCAACUGUGGCAAACUGGUGGUUUUAUAAAAUUAACAUUAUGUAACAGUACGUUAUAUAAACAUGUUAUACAAAAUAAUAUUAAAAUGUUUAACUGUGAAAAAGUGAAGACUUGGAGUUAUCAGCAACCUUUAUGUGCAAUAAAGAAAACUGAAGUUAGACCCCAAAGUGCUGUCUUUCUGUAGCAUCCUACUUAAUGUUUGCCUUUGUGUAUAUGUUUAGAUUGAUAUUGUAAAGCUAGUCACAUGUUUUCCUGCUUUUGCUGAUAUUUAACACAUUUUUCUCAAAGCUCUUUCUGUAUUUUUUUUUUACAAAACUCAAAAUAAAAAGAUUAACUGGC